ACAGAGGAAGAGAGAACCUUCGAAGCAUUCAGUCGCGAAGUCGUCAAUCUCAGCUCAGCCAUGGCGGAAUCCCCUGUCUCGUUCGACAUGAUAAUACUCGGAGCCUCCGGUUUCACGGGCAAAUACGUGGUGAGGGAGGCCCUCAAGUUCCUCAACGCCCCUUCCUCCCCUCUCAAGUCCCGCCUGGCGGGUCGCAGCCCCGCGAAGCUGACCGGUGCCCUUGAGUGGGCAGCCCGCCCCGGCCCUCCUCCGCCGGGGAUAGCCAUCCUGACGGCCGAGGUCACUGACCCCGAAUCCCUCCGCCGGCUCUGCUCCCAGACGAAGCUUAUCCUCGACUGCGUCGGCCCAUUUCGGCUCUACGGUGAGCCGGUCGUUGCUGCCUGCGUCGAGACGGGCUGUGAUUACUUGGAUAUAUGUGGGGAGCCUGAAUUCAUGGAGCAAAUGGAGGCAAAGUACCACGAAAAGGCAGUCCAGACCAGUUCUCUGGUUAUUUCAGCCUGUGGUUUUGAUUCAGUUCCAGCAGAAUUAGGCUUGAUGUUCAACUCAAGGCAGUGGGGAGAACCAGCCGUUGUGAACAGGGUUGAAGCAUACCUGAGCUUGGAGUCUGACAAGAAAAUAGUGGGAAAUUUUGGGACCUUUGAGUCUGCAGUGCUUGGCGUGGCAAAUGUGGAUAAAUUGCAAGAGUUGAGGAGAUCCCGACCUAGAAGAGCUCGGCCUGUGAUUCCAGGACCACCUCCUCCAAAAGGCCCAACGAUAGAGCAUCAGCAGAAGAUUGGGCUUUGGGCAGUCAAGCUCCCCUCAGCAGAUUCUGUCGUCGUUCGCAGAACACUCUCUAUCUUGAUCGAGAACCCCCAGGGUCUUCCUGGGGCAAAGGAGAGCUCCGAACACAGGAAUAGGAGAAAAGACUUCUGGUCCACUGUGAAGCCCGCACAUUUUGGGGUGAAGAUUGGCGUGAAAUCCCUGCUGGGCAUACUUCGGAUUAGCACAGUCGGGAUAUUCAUCGGUAUUUUAGGGAGAACGGCUUUUGGGAGAUGGCUUCUGCUGAAAUUCCCUUCAGUUUUCAGCCUGGGUUGGUUUAGAAAGGCAGGCCCCUCUGAGGACGAGGUGAGCAGUGCAUCCUUCAAGAUGUGGUUUAUUGGUCAAGGAUACAGCAAUAGAGACCUUGCUUCAGAGAGUAACAGAAAACCUGACACGGAGAUAAUAACACGAGUAAUGGGACCCGAAAUCGGGUAUUUGACCACGCCGAUAAUUUUGCUUCAGUGCGGCCUCAUUCUUCUCAGCCAGCGUGAGAACUUGCCAGGGGGAGGGAUUUUUCCCCCUGGGAUUGUUUUUGGCCCCACGGAUCUUCAAGAAAGGCUCCAGAAGAACGGGAUGUCGUUCGAUAUCAUUUCAAAAAGUUCUCUCACAGCUGAAUAGUUGGAUAUUAUUUUCCAGAGAUUUCCUUUUGUGUUUCUUCAUUGUCUUUUUUCGGUUUCUUCUUCCAAGAGCUGAGAGUAGUUCAUCUGAAUAACAUCGGAAAUAAGAAUAUUAAUCAACUGUCUCUGUGCGUGUUUCUUGAGAUGCCCGGGUGUUCGUCGCAAGUUGUCUCUGUUCAAUCCGGUAAGGAUAGCCUGAUAUACCCUGUCAGAUUCAGUUUCAUGGAAUAAAUUACGGACUUAUUUCCUGGAGUAA